AUGCAUACGCUGACGGGUUCAUUACUUAGAUACAUCCACAACGCACACGCAUUCAUUCACUCGGUCAAUACCAAAGCGGCAUCACGACAAGAGACUUCGCCAGGCCAACUGGAGAGCCAGAGCCUCUAUUAUGGCCACGGUCGGAUAAUCCUUUCGCCCGGCGAUCGCUGGUCGUCCUUACAUACGGAUGAAGCCGUAUUGGUUCGUAGUACUCAAGCGCCUGGUACCCUUGGAACAGCCAUAGAUGCUACCCUGGUCACCAGCAUCGGUAGGGUCGAGGAAUGUCACUACUCAACUCAUGUCAAACGAUGGGUCGUGACAGUUGUACACCGUGACUGGGAUCCCACCUUUUUUAGCACUGUGUCUUUUACCGUCGAGUAUACCCUCGGCCACGAUAAAAUGGUAGCAAUAGGAAUUGAUAUGUUCCAGAUUGGACGUGUUCUCACUUUCAAUGGUGACGUGAUUGGACAAUCAAGCCCACAACAAAGGUGGAUUAUCAACUAUUCAGCUAUCGUGCUAAUUCAUUUUAUACCGCGCGCAAAUUAUUCUAGAGCCAAGUCCAACAGGCCAACUGAGCUAUACGUUUUAACUGUGGUUCACAGAUGA